CGCUUGUCAACCUUAACCUUUUCUAUAAUAAACGUUCCUAAGAUCAAGUCGGCAUUUAUUAACUCAUCAAUAAGGUUAAUUCGUUAUUCUAAUUAAAUAUCAAGUAUUAAAAACGUAUUGAUAUUGAAUAAUAAAUAAUAUUGUGUUAUUAAUAAAAUAAAUAUCAGUGACAAUUACUAUGACGUACUUGAACUCGUGGGAAGAAUUUGAAAAGGGUGCGGAGAGGUUAUAUCUUCAGAAUCCGAUGAAAGCUCGAUAUUCUAUGAAAUAUUGCCAUAACAAAGGCGUACUAUGGCUCAAACUAACAGACAAUUGCACGUGUCUUCAAUAUAAGACGGAGAUAGCUCAAGAUUUGAAGAAAAUGGAAAAAUUUAUAGGAAAUCUAAUGAGGCAUAUGGCAUCGAAAGACAGUUGAACUGACCAACAGGGAUGGUGUGUGUCUUGUUAUUUGUAAGAGAACGAAUAUAUAUAUAUAUAUAAACUUUUUAAAUAAUAUAAAUAAGAUGUAAAAGAGACACAGUGCAUUCGGUUUCGUUUAGUAAAAUUUUUGUUGUUUCAUGCGUCGUGUGUAUAUAUCAUAAAAUUGAAGAGUGCAACG